AAUUGAACGUGCUCAACGUCAUCACAGUGCGACAUAUUCGUAUGAAACAAAACAGAAGCUUUCUGUGGGCAACUUUGCUCAAUAGUCACCGGAGGUGUUUACAUUUAGAUUUGAAUGACUGCAGUACUGUUGUGCUAGCGUCACCUGCUGCUUGCUGCCUCUGGGAUGGGCCAGCAGAUCUCAGGUCAGGCGGCGCGUCUCCCUGAGAAGUUGCUCAAACACGUCGGCUUGGUGCGAGACAUCUGCUACCUCACCUACGAGGAGUUUUUGGCCAGGGUGGCCGAGCUCAAUGACUUGACUGCUAAACUAGCUGCAGGGCAACACAAGCACCUGCUGUUUGAGGUCCAGCCGGGAUCGGAUGCCAGCGCCUUGUGGAAGGUGUCUGCCAGGAUCGUUUGCACCAAGAUCAACAAGGACAACGGCGUAGUGGAGGCGUCACGCAUCAUGAACCUGUACCAGUUCAUCCAACUGUACGGCGACAUGACCAGUCAGGCCGCCGGCGUGCUGGCUGCAGAGGGCGCCGCCGCCACCCUGACCACCGAGGCCUCUUCCGCGCCGCCUCUUGCCCCCGACGCCUGUCAGGCCAGCAUGUGGAUGGGCAGAGUGAAGGAGUUGACGGACGACGAGGAAUGCUGCAUCUGUAUGGACGGGAAGGCCGACCUCAUCCUGCCGUGCACUCACAGCUUCUGCCAGAAGUGCAUCGAUAAAUGGAGCCGCAACUGCCCCAUGUGCCGCCUGCAGGUGACCGCCGCCAGCGAGUCGUGGGUGAUGUCCGACUUCCCCACUGAAAAUGACAUGGUGGGAUACAUCCUCAACCUGGCCGACGAGGCGGGACACCCGCAUCGGCCUUAACGCAACAAGUAAAUGAAAAACAAAACAAAGAAGAAAAAAAAACAUUCUCUGCAAGUAGAUGUGGUGCGUUGUGGAGGAACGAUUCGCAGGGGGUCACGUGACACCAGAACCUCCAAAGUGGAACACAAUCCGUUCCGCGACAAACUCAUUUUCCUCAUCGGAAAUAAUGGAAGUAGUAGGAAUCUGUUCCCGGGUCAAACUGGCGCCAUCAUAAAAUCUUCAUGAACGCAAUGAAGAAACUCACAGAACAUUCUUACUUGUCAUACAAGUGUAAAAAGUAGUUAACCACUGCCAGGAGUUAAUUUUACUUUUUUUUUUUCUUCAGAACUCAUAAAACAAAAAGUAAUCCGUUCCCCUGUCAAAAGGUGGCCAUUGUGAGCCCUUCCUUAACUAUCAAAGCAAUACGUUAAGUCACAUUUUAUCAUUCUUCCGUCUGAGUCUUAAGUGUAAAAAUAAGUUAACCGCCGUGCUGUUUAGUAAAAAUAAAGUAAAACUGCUUACUUGCCGAUACUGUCAUCCAGUAGCGUGAUACUGCUGGUUCUAGAAGUGUAUUAGUUAGCGCCUGCGUUAGCAACCGCUUGCUACGAUGAACGUGUGCGUGCAUUUGGCAUUGACUGAAUUGUGUCGCUUGUGAUUUCCACAGUGGAGUCGCGGUUCGCACAUCUGCCUUGGAGCUCUUAAGGUUGGGGCCUUCCCGGAGAAAACCCACGCUAGCAUGUGGGAAAACAGAUUUGAAAACGGGAAUCUCUCGACAGUGAGGCGCAUGUGCGAACCGGCUGGGCGCUGUGCUGCCCUAUUGUUAAAAUGUGCAUUUGAUGGUAAAUUUGCUUUUUUUUU